UCCAAGGCGCGGCGGGACCAGAUCAACGCCGAGAUCCGCGCCCUACGCGACCUCCUGCCGCUGCCCGAGGGCGACCGCCCGCGCCUCUCCUACCUGCACGUCAUGGCCCUCGCCUGCAUCUACACCCGCAAGGGCGCCUGUCUCCGUCCCGGCCCAGCGCGGGGAGCACCCCUGGAGCUGCUGGGGGGGCCGGAACUGGCCGACCUGGUGGCGUCGCUGCCCGGGUUCCUGCUGGCCGUCACCCGCGAGGGGAAGCUGGUGGGCGUCACCGACAACGUCGCGCAGCACCUGGGGCACUCCAUGGUGGACCUGGUGGCGCAGGGUGACAGCAUCUACGACCUGCUGGAUCCGGCCGACCACCCCCUGGUGCGACAUCAGCUCACCCUGCCCGGGCCCCCCCAGGCAGCGCGCCUCUUCCGCUGCCGCUUCACCACCUCGCGGGCCUCGCGCCGUCCCAGCGCCGGGCGGAAGCUGGUGCUGCUGCGGGGCCGGUUCCAGGCUCCCCCCGGUCCCCCCGGGGCCCCUCCGGGGCUUUUCGUCGCCUUCUGUGCCCCCCUUGACCCCCCACCUUGGCCCUGCCCCGACUGCCUGCUGCUGCCCGCCUUCCAGAGCCGCCAUGCCCGCGACCUCGCUCUGCUCGAUGUCUCCGACAGGUGA